AUGUCUGGUAAAGACAUUCAAUCAAAUAAAUAUAGUGAAUUGCGAAGUACUCACAAAGACUAUAUAGAUUCAUAUAUUGCAUUGUACCGGCUGAAAACGGAAAAAGAAGAAGAAUUAAACUCGAUUUACAAAAUGAUCAGAUCAGCAUUGAUUGAUUCAAAGAAACAUCUCCCAAAAAAUAUUAUAAGAGAUAUUUUAAAUAUUAUUCAGUAUAAUAAUCGCUAUGCAAAGUCAUAUUUAUAUCUUGCUAAACGUAUUUCUGAUGAUUACAAUGUAAAACAGGUCAGCAGCAUUCCACCAAUAUCUAACUUCCUAUUUUAUAAUGAAUAUGGAAUUACAUUAGAUAAAUCUGAAAAUGUCGAAAAUAUUAAUAAACGUGAUCUCGAUAUUUAUUCGGAAAAAACAAUUUACAAGGCGAUUAUGGAUAAUGACAAAGAAAGAUUCAUACAAUUCAUUGAAAGCGGUAAUCAUUAUAAAGAUCAACGUCUUAAUAACAUUUUAUAUCCAGAAACUUAUAAAGGUUAUUCAUUACUUGAAUUAUGUUGUUACCAUGGAUCAGUUGAUUGUUUCAAGUUAUUAAGAACGAAUUUUAAGUCAGAAAUAACUCAAACAUGCCUAGAAUUUUCAUUUUUAGGAAGAAAUCAAGAGAUAAUGAGUGAAUGCUUGAAAUAUCAAAAACCAGACAAAAAAUGUAUGGAAUAUGCAAUUAUUUCACAUAACAUUGAUUUUGUUACAUUUUUGAUGAAUGAACACAAUUUUGAGAUUGAUUUAUAUUCUUGCGGAAUACACAAAAAUCUCGAAUCAUUUUUAGUUUAUUUCGAUCAAACAAAUGAUUUUAACAAAUGUUUUGUUUAUUCGGCGAUAUUUGGAAUAGCUUCCCUUUGCGAAUAUUUCCUUUUACAUGGUGCAAAAAUCAAUUAUAAAGAUGAUUACGGAUUAACCGCUCUUCAUUAUGCGGCAAAGCACAAUAAUAAAGAAACAAUGGAACUUCUUAUUUCACGUCGUGCAAAAAUCAAUGAAACAGAUAAAGAUAAAAAACCGCUCUUCAUUAUGCAGCAAAAUCUAAUAGCAAAGAAACAGCAGAACUUCUUAUUUCACAUGGUGCAAAAAUCAAUGAAAAAGAUAGAUAUGGUGAAACCUCUCUUCAUUAUGCAGCAAAAUAUAAUAGCAAAGAAACAGCAGAACUUCUUAUUUCACAUGGUGUAA